AACUUUUUAAUCGUGUUGACUUUGUCUCUAUCGAUAAAAGGGUAAAACGCUGAAGCGGAACGAGGAAGAAAUCGGUGUCCGCGGUGGUGUAGAGUGGAAGAUGAAGAUGAAAUCAUUCAAGGAAGAAUUGACGUUGGAUGAAAGGCUCGCGGAAUCGAGGGAGAUCAUCGCCAAGUACCCUACUCGGAUUCCUGUGAUUGCUGAGAAGUAUUCUAAAACCGAUCUGCCUGCAAUCGAGAAAAAGAAGUUUCUGGUUCCACGAGAUAUGUCGGUUGGACAAUUCAUAUACAUCUUGAGUGCUAGGUUGCACUUGUCUCCUGGCAAAGCCUUGUUCGUCUUCGUCAACAACACUCUCCCUCAAACUGCUGCUCUGAUGGACUCCGUCUACGAAACUUACAAAGACGAAGAUGGAUUCGUUUACAUGUGCUACAGCAGUGAGAAAACCUUUGGUUGAUUUGAUACACCAAACCAUGCUUGUACAUAUACACUUCUUUCUUCAUAAGCUGUUCUUGUUUCACUACUUCAUACGAGCUUGUAAGCUUAUGUUGUUGAGUACUGCUUGUUUUUACCCCUUGAGACUUGGUUCAUCUGUAAACAAUUUCUACCAUAAUCGCAAUUCCAAUAAAGUAUUUUUCCACCAAAA